CCCAACCGGCCAACCGUUCAAGUCAACCGCCAACUCAGCCGGACCGCCGGGCCCGAGCAAGAGCAAUUCUCAUCAAACUUUUCCUCCGGUGAUCCCAUUCCAUGUUGCUAGUUUCUGCAUCAUUUGGGAUUCGCGACUUCGCCUCCCCAUAGGCCACCGCACUUGCAGAGGAUUUAUCCUCCCGAGAGAGAGAGAGAGAGAGAGAGAGAGAGAGAGAAAGGGGCAUGGUUUGUGGCGCCAAGAAGACUGUUAAAAAUGGACAUCCUGAAUCACUCGGACCAUGAGGAGGAGCAGAGCCGGUACGCUAGCAGCAGCAGACCAGGCUCAAGGUUCGGCGCGCGGCGGCUGAAGCGGAGGUCCGGCAGCCACCAGCACCUGCUGCUCAUGGACUGCGUCGGCGGCAGCGAAAAAGGCAACGGCGCGUCGGAGGAGAGCGUGCCGCUGCCGGAGUACGAGCGGCUGUCCCAGUCGGCGCGCCUCCCCGACGACCCCGACCCCAGGAACCCGCCUCCGCCACCGGAGACGCUGGUGAAGCAGGGUGCGUCGCCGCCGAAGCCUCCGCCGCCGCCGCCGCCAACGCAGCAGCAGAAGCCGGCGGCCUGGAGGCUGAUCGAGUACGUGCGGUCCAGGCACAGGUCGGGCGGCGCCGGGUCGGAAGGCGACUCCAAGGGCUCCGACGGGGAGAAGGAGGGCAGCGAGGACGGCGGUAACGAAGGGAAGAAGGGGAAGAAUAACAAGAAACGGUCGUCGUGGCUGCCGGACCCCGACCGCCGGUGGCCGGUGCAGGGCUUCUACUAGCGCGCUCUUUGCACACGCCAAGGCUCUCUUAGCAUCUCGUCGUCGGUAAAAGCUUUGCCGCGUCCCCAACCUGUGUCUUGAUUCCGAUUUUUCUUCGCUUCUCCUUUUAUUUUCGUUGUGGUUUUGUAACGUCAAUGCAUGGGGAGAACGACGAGGAUUAACUUGGCUUUCUUUUGAUAUUUGUAUUCUGGGGUAUGUUAACCUUCGGAAGCUUUGGUUUGUGCGGCAAUAAUGUAAAAGUAAUCUAGAAAUGCCUGAUGCCAAAUGCAAGAUAAGGACCUUACAUCCUCUCGCAACAA